UUUAUGUGUAUACAUGGUAUAUGCACGCACAUACAUAACAUUCGUUUCGCGCCAGUACUUGUACCUCAUUUUCAGCGUCUGGAAACAAAUUUUGUUUGUACGAUUCAGUAACUUGAUCAGAUCUAUAAAAGGAGAGUUUUAGGAUACUUCGCAAUGUCUGCGUUGGAGGAAAUCACCAACUGUAAUGAUUCCGGUAUGUCUGCUACCGCUCAGCAAAAAGCCAUUGAAAAUGCAAAUCGGCAGAUCCAUCCGAUGGCCGAACAGCCGGAAUUCACCAAGUACACUGUGGAUGGAUGCGAGUUUGAUUUGUACUGCCGCCGAAAGACCGAUAUGGAACCCAAGAUGCUCAAGUGGGCCUUUAAGCUGGCUGAGAGGAACGUGGGGCCACAGUACAAAAGCUGCAGUCUUGGAUGGCAACCGAAGGUGAAACAGUCGGAUCUGAACAAAGCUUGGGCACGAUACCUGGUUGCCGUCGAUCGGCGUACUAAAAAACCAGCGGCCUACUCAAUGUUCCGUUUUGAUUUGGAUUAUGGGCGCUGCGUUUUGUAUUGUUACGAAAUGCAGGUUGAAUCGGAGUUUCAGAGAAAGGGACUUGGAGGCUUCAUGAUGCGAGCACUUGAGAAGAUGGCCCAGCACUACGGAAUGGAACGGUUAGUUUUGACAGUGCUGAAAAACAAUGAAGAUGGAAUGAGGUUCUACCAAAAGUUGGGAUAUGACAUAGACGAAACAACCCCGGAUAAAGCAGAUAACGAAGCAUACGAAAUUAUGAGUAAAUCUAUGCUGUAAGUAGGGCCUGAAUUGUAUUUUAUGCAAUAUUUUACUUGACUGAAUAAUAAUGCUUAUUGUUACACAUA